CCCGCUCACACCGGAGUCACUUCCGAAGAGAGAACCGCCAUGAAGAGAGUAGGGGGUGCCGCCCACCUCUGCACCGACAGCCUCCCCGAGUCCCAGCAGCAAGACGGCAACCACGCACCCAGCUUCUCCAGCCACAGCUCAUGCCGCCGUCGCCAGCGGCGCCGACAUGACAAGGCGCUGCAUGCCCGCUAGGCCAGGUUUCCCCUCAUCCCCAGCCCCGGGGUCGUCGCCCCCGCGCUGCCAUCUGAGACCCGGUAGUACCGCCCCUGCUGCAGCGGGAAAAAGAACAGAGAUCCCUGGGGACAGGAAACAAUCAAUCAUAGAUUUCUUCAAACCAGCUUCUAAACAAGACAAACAUAUGUUGGAUUCUCCACAAAAAUCAAACAUCAGAUAUGGAGGGAAUGGAGGACCCAUCAGUGGGACAGAACACUUUGAAAGGAAAUUAUCUUCACCAAAAAAACCCAAACCCAAACGAAUGUCAUCAGAGCAAAGUCCUAUUUUAGAAGCUUUCAUGAAAGGCGGGAAAGAGCACCACAAAGAUCAUGGUGUACAUGAACCACGGCGGCCUUGUAUGUCAGUCGGCUCCAAAUAUUUACUCCAAGGAACAGGUAUCUAUCCUCCUUCCUCUUACCGAUUGCCCAAGGAGGUGAAGCCACGGAAGAAGAAACAUAGGUCUCCAGAGAGAAGGAAGUCACUGUCCAUUCAUGAAAGUAACAGGGAGAAGAAUGACAGAGAUCGAGGCAAGACCAGUGAAGACUCCAGAAAGCAGGCCCCAGCAACAGAAGGUGACAUCUUCAAGAACAGUUCCAGAAGUGUUAGUAGCAGAAGCAGCCUAUCCCGGCACCACCCAGGAGAAAGCCCACUGGGAGCUAAGUUCCAGUUGUCAUUAGCUUCUUACUGCCGAGAACGAGAGCAGAAGAAGUUGAGAAAGGAACAAAUGGAACAGAGAAUCAACUCGGAAAAUUCUUUCUCAGAAACGAGCAAUCUUUCCUUAAAAUCCUCUAGUGUAGGGAAAAAAUGUAAGCCAAGACAUGAACACAGUAAACAGAAUGAUGCUGUACCUGGAAAGAGUAAUCUUUCAAAUCUGGAAAAUGGACAUCUCUCAAGAAAAAGAUCAUCUUCAGACUCCUGGGAACUUUCAGGCUCUAAGCAGAACAAAUUCUCCGACAAAAGAAAAAGGAACUCUGUGGACUCAGAUCUGAAAAGCACAAAAGAAUCUAUCAUACCAAAAGCAAAAGAGCCCUUCCUAGAGAAGCGUCCAGACACAUCACAUCAGAGAGAAAAGUUUAUAAGACACAUUGCACUGAAGACGCCCGGUGGUGUUCUGCGCUUGGAAGACAUAGCCAAGGAACCUGAUGAUGAAAGAGGUCGUUCUUCUGCAGACGUGGCACCUUCACAUUCUGGCCACCAUUCUUCCAGGAAUAGUGACCAAGUCCACGCAGCAAGUACCAAAGAGACUAAAAUACAGAAACCCCACUUACCUUUACCUCAGGAAAAAUCCACAAUUAAAAGAGCUAGCAACCUUCAGAAAAGUAAACCAGCUGGCUCUGUGACAUCAAAAGAGACAAAACUACCUUUACUUUCCCAUGUUCCAAGUGCUGUUUCCUCUCGAGUACCAUUAAAUGCUAAAAAUUGCACUCUUCCAGUUCCUAAAAAAGAUAAAGAGCGUUCUUCCUCUAAAGAACGUUCUGGGCAUUCUGCAGAAUCCUCCAAACACAAGGAACACAAAGCAAAGACUAUUAAGGCUGUUUCUAAUGAAUCUUCAGGGAAAAGUUGUGGGGGAUCUUUGCAUUCAGAGUACAGCCCUCCUACAGAGUCUCCCCCGGCUGCCUUGGAAGUUGUGCCGCGUGUCCCAAGCCCUGCAGCACCUUCAGAUAAAGAGAGUUCAGGAAAUUUCAAUGCAGGUAGCAGUGCACUGAAAAGGAAAUUCAGGGGUGAUUUUGAUAGUGAUGAAGAAAGUUUAGGUUACAACUUAGAGAGUGAUGAGGAAGAGGAAACAUUAAAAUCACUGGAAGAAAUAAUGGCUUUGAACUUCAACCAGACUCCUACAGCUUCAGGAAAGCCUCCUGCCUUUUCCAAGGGGCUUAGAUCCCCGUCAUCAGACUAUAUAGAAUAUGCUCAGAGUGGAACUUAUACAAAUACUUUAGAGCGUCUUGUAAAGGAGAUGGAAGACACACAAAGGCUAGAUGAACUACAGAAGCAGCUACAGGAAGAUAUAAGACAAGGCCGAGGCAUUAAAUCUCCUAUCAGAAUUGGUGACCAGGACAGUACAGAUGAUGAGGAUGGCCUCUUGGAAGAACACAGGGAAUUUCUAAAGAAAUUUUCAGUUACAAUUGAUGCUAUUCCUGAUCAUCAUCCAGGUGAAGAAAUAUUUAAUUUCCCCGAUUCUGGAAAAAUUUUCAAUCAGUAUACCUUAGAUUUAAGAGACUCUGGUUUUAUUGGAGAAAGUGCUGUGGAAAAGCUUAUUCUCAAAUCAGGAAAAACAGAUCAGAUUUUUUUGACAACACAAGGGUUCCUUACCUCUGCAUACCACUACGUCCAGUGUCCUGUACCUGUGUUAAAGUGGCUGUUUCGGAUGAUGUCAGUUCACACAAAUUGUAUUGUGUCAGUACAAAUUUUAAGUACUUUGAUGGAGAUCACCAUUAAAAAUGCAGAUACUUUCAGUGACUCACCAGUUUGGCCCUGGAUCCCAUCGUUGUCUGAUGUAGCAGCUGUGUUUUUAAACAUGGGCGUUGGAUUUGGAUCUUUGUUUCCCCUGGAGACUCUUCAACCAGACUUUAAUGAAGACAAUCUAAUUCUUGAAACACGGAAAACGCUGGGGGAAAAAGGAAGUGAAGAUUUGUCUUGUAAUCCAGUUUUUUCAACUCUACCUGAAACCAACAUUCUAAAUGUAGUUAAGUUUCUAGGCUUGUGUACAUCUAUACAUCCGGAAGGUUACCAAGAUCGAGAAAUAAUGUUGCUGAUUUUAAUGCUAUUUAAAAUGAGUUUGGAAAAAGAGCUGAAACAGAUUCCAUUAGUAGACUUUCAAAGCCUCCUGAUAAAUCUCAUGAAAAACAUCAGAGAUUGGAACACAAAGGUGCAUGAACUCUGCCUGGGCAUAAAUGAACUCUCCAGUCAUCCCCACAACCUUCUGUGGUUGGUACAGCUGGUCCCUAACUGGACAUCUCGUGGAAGGCAACUGAGGCAGUGUCUCAGUCUGGUGAUUAUUUCAAAGCUUUUGGAUGAAAAACAGGAAGAUAUCCCUAAUAUCAAUAAUCUUCAGAUCUCAGUUCUACACCGAUAUUUAGUGCAGAUGAAGCCUUCUGAUUUGUUGAAGAAAAUGGUCUUGAAGAAAAAGGCUGAAGAACCAAAUGGAACUAUUGAUGACAGCCUUCAUUUAGAACUAGAAAAGCAGGCAUACUACCUGACCUAUGUUCUCCUUCAUUUAGUUGGGGAAGUUAGUUGUUCUCAUUCUUUUUCUUCUGGACAACGGAAACACUUCGUGCUGCUUUGUGGGGCUUUGGAAAAGCAUGUUAAAUGUGAUAUUAGGGAAGAUGCGAGGCUUUUCUACAGAACUAAAGUGAAAGAUUUGGUUGCCCGGAUACAUGGAAAAUGGCAGGAAAUAAUCCAGAACUGUCGACCUACUCAGGGGCAGCUUCAUGACUUCUGGGUGCCAGAUUCUUAACAGGAGUUACAGCAGCAGAAAUACAAAAACAGAGGGGUCUUUGCAAGAGGGUUACUGUGAGACCCAGCAGAUGCUAAGGAACACAGCUGUGUACCGCUGGUGAUGGAGACUUCGCCAUUUCUGAAGCCGAUAUAAAAUGCCAUUUGCAGCUGACCUGAGAGGAAGGAUCGGGGGGCCUAUAAAAGGAGGGUAGAGGUAGGCUCAGCUGGUAGAAGAAUCCAGCCUGCCCUUCCUAGCACUUGUUAACUUUUCAGCAGUUAUCAUGUUAGGUGGUGUCGUAGCACUUGGAUCAUCACAGAAAAUAAGGAAAAGUGUGGACCAACUUGAGGAGUUGGACAUUGAAAGAAAGGCCAAGGUCCAGCUGGUUUUCAUUUCCCUCUUAGUUAUUUUAGGGUACAAAGGGAAAGGCUAGAAUAGAGUUCUAUAAUCAGAAGUGUGGGUCUUCUGUAACUCUGUAAACUAUAGGCAGUUUCAGUCCAUACAUUGUCCCUUUACUAUUCGAGAUUAUAAAUCUGAAGUUUUUAAAUCUAUUUAAAGUCAAUUAAGGAACAAACAAGCUGUCAGAUUGCCCUUAGAGGAUGAGAUUAAGCUACAAAGUAGUGGCUGUUUUUAAAAUGCCAGAACAUUCAUGGGCAGUUUGUUUAAGAUUUCUUGUAAAUGCAUAUGUUUUUAAAAUACUGGUUCAGUCAUAAAUCUUAGCUAAGCCAGAGUUCUGGCCAUUGGUAACUAUAUUACAGAAGUCUCUGUAUAAAGGCUUAAAAAUCUGGAAGUCUCCAAAACCUUGUUCCCGUGAGUAUAUAAUUUAGCAGAGACUUUGAUGAUGCUUAUUUGGGGACGUACGUGUGUGUGUGUG